AUGGCGUCCAGCCGGGUGCUGGAGAGGGAGGUCCGGGAGGAGCCGAGGCGCGCAGCCUGCACCGCAAACCUCGACUUCUGCACACACAAGUUCUCCGUGCUCAUCAUCGUCGGACGCACCGAUCACUUCGGACACACGGACAUCAGCAGGGAGAUCCAGCGAGGAAUCCGGUGCUGGGACAUUGACUUAAAAUCCUGUAACCUAAACCACCAUCUCCAAGAGUUCCUGUCCCACCACACGGCGUCAUUCAAGGGUGCAGGAACAGACAGAUUUUUCUCUAACAAGGACAGAACAGCAGCCGGGAAGCGUGUCUGUUCUGUAUCUGGUCAGAAGUGUCUGCGCCACGGCACCAAAGCGUUGGACACUCAGGUUCUGAUCAGUCCGUCUCAGGAGCAGGUUCAUUCAGAGGUGUUCGCUCUGCUGUCCAGGGAUUCGGCUCAGAAGCUCUUGAUCCUGUGUGGACAGAGCGUGGAGGACAGUGGAGACCUGCUGUUUCACAGAGGACUGUUUUCACCAAGCCAGCUGAAACAAAUACUGACAGAGCAGUUUCUCGAUGAAGAGAACUCCUCCUCCUCUAAGCUCAGCCUGACCCUCAGCUGUCCCAACAUCGGCGGGUGGAGGAAUACUCUCCUGGACAACCAGCCUCAGCAGCGUCCGUUCACGCUCCUCAUCAAUCCCCCAGAGGUGCUGCCUGCCAUGGAGGCCCUGGGGGACUUCACCUCCCUCAUCUCUGGCACCCUUUGCCCUCCGUCCACCUUCGACCUCCUGCCUCCUCCCAUCACUGUUGGUUUCCUCAAGCUGUCCCGUCCCUGCUGCUAUGUCUUUCCCGCCGGCCGAGGCGACUGCGCUUUCUUCGCCGUCAACGGCUUCACGGUGCUGUUGGACGGCGGUUCGGACACUCAGGCCUGCUUCUGGAAGCUGGUCCGCCACCUGGACCGCGUCGAUGCCGUUUUGUUGACGCACAUCGGGACAGAGAACCUGCCGGGGGUCAACGCCUUCCUGGAGAGGAAGGUGGCUGAGCUGGAGCUGACUUCGGAUGUCAAAGAGGACUUGUCCAAGAGGCUGAUCUCCCCAGAGCUUGGAGUCGUGUUCUUUAACGCCCCCAGCAGGCUGCAGGUGGAGCAGCAGCCUUGUGUGGACAAUGUAUUGAAGAGCACGCAGGAGGCGGCCCUAACCCUACAGUUAUUAAAGAAGUUAGACAUCAGACCACAACCGAUGUUUCGACCCCAGGGAGUCCCCAUCGAGCCCCUGACCCUGUUCCAGAAGAUGGGAGUGGGACAACUGGACUUGUACCUGCUCAGUCCUGGUAAAAACAGCCAGGAGUACCAGACGUUCAUGCAGAACUGGCCUGACUCGUCGUCCGCAUCCAAAUCUCAAGCUCUCCCUCUCCCAGCCCUGGCCUCGGUGUCCGCUCUGCUUGUGUGGCACCCAGCGUGCCCUCAAGAGAAGGUGGUGAGGAUGCUGUUCCCCGGUGUUACGCCCCAGGCGAAGCUGCUGCAGGGGUUGGAGAAGCUGAAGGGCCUGGCCUUCCUCCGAAAACCAACUGUGACAACCGGGGACCUGGAGAGGCUGGGUGAAGACGGAAAGACCAAGAGGACAGACAGCCAGGAUAGUGGCAAGUCACAAGGGAAGGAUACAGCAUCAAAAUAUGUCAAAGAGGUGUUGGUGAAGGAAAAGGGAAAAGGUUUAAAUGGAGUUGGUGGAAGAGAUGCUGAUAAAACAAAAAUCAAAGAGGUGGGGGUAAAGCAAAAAGGAGUAACAUCAGAGAAGAAUAUGUCAAAGAAAGGAGGAGGGAGGGAUGGGAAAAAGGAGGAGAAGACUGGCAAUAAAGACGAGUAUGGCGUUACUAAGCAUGAUCAGGUGAAAAAGGAAAGUGUCCCUUCCAAACCGAAGAAUGAAAAUAUAACUAAGCUCAAAAAGGAAGCAAAAAAUGACUCUAAAACAGGAGCGAAGAAAACGAGAAAACCACCAGGAAAGGAGGCAAACGAUGGCAAGAAGACACAUGUAAACACUGAACUGCCGAAUAACAACUCAACAAAGCCCACUGCUGGGACUGCGUCAGAAAUCCAAGAGCCGGACAUCCCUCCCACUGAGCAUCAGACUCCAAAAGCGGUGUCAGAACCUGAAGAGAAACCCUACGGCUCCAAAACGUCAACCCCCGAGGACAUGACCGCUGAUUUUCUCAAGCUGCAGGAGGAAAGAGUGGAUGAAGCGAAGCAGAGAAGCAGUGAGUCAGGAAAUGAAAAGAGCCUGGGAGGUCUGAGCAAAGAGACGAGUAAGGAGGCUGAAGAAGAAGCAGCUGGCACAGGGAGCGUGGGAGGAGAGGGGGGUCAUAUCGAAGAGAAAGCUGGUGCAGACUUGCGGAGAGGUUCUGGAAACGCUGCCAAACCUGCAAAAGUGGUGGGAUUUCCAUCCCCCUUGAACAACCCGCCACAUAACGAACACGAAGUCCAGUUAGACCUAACUCCCACCGAGUACACUCUCCUGGACGGCGCUUUGAAGCACAGCCCCCCCUCCCGAUCCUCUCCAGAGAACCAGGCCCCCGUCAGCCUUGAUGAGGAGACUGUGGAGCCGGCCUCCCCGGACUCCCGGCCCAACAGCGCAGGCCACACUCCGUACGGCCUCUCCCCGGACGACGUGUGGUGCAACAGCGCCCCUCUCAGCAGGUUACAGGUCCAGGUGGGGAACUCAGAUUCCGGUGACGUCAACCUGCAGAGUGGAUCGUCCAGACAAAGUGAGGGGCAGCCGUCCCAGAACAAAAACCCUCCAGAGAGCCACGCAAACCUCAGGGAGAAGCACCUCAGUUUCCUGUCGCUGGGGACUUUUAAAGACGGACCUUCGGACCCGUCUGCCUCUGUGGCCACCACCACCACCACCACCACCACCACACACUCCAUGCCAGCAGAGGUGAGCUCACCUCAGUCCACAGAAGUAGAUGAGUCACUGUCCAUGUCGUUUGAGCAGGGACCAGGCUAUGUGAGCCAGAGAGAAGGGGAUGACAGCAUUCAUCACUCCCACUCCAACGGAGCCCAUUUUGCCGGGAUGACUUUACCAAUGAAGAAGCCGCCCAGAUCUUUAGGUCAAGGUUCAGAGAUGGGGCGACCUCCGGCUCCUGGCACGCUUCAGUUUGAGUCUUCACCUCAUGACGUGGAUCUUUGUCUGGUUUCUCCAUGUGAGUUCAAGCAUUUCAAACAUCCUGACUCCAGCUCGGCCAGCAGCGAACCGUCCAGAGGAGCCUUCUCGUGGCAUCAUCACGGCAACAACAACAACAACCCAAAGGACGCGUCGCCCAGCGAAUCAAACGCCCCCGUUUGUACAGAGGACUGCCCGUCCACCACGGCCGAUGGAGCUCUGGACUCAGACGAGGACGAGUCGUGUAGUGAGCCGACGAACUCUCCACACGACCACUGCGCCAGACAGGCUCUGCCCUGCGACCCUCCUCCUGCCGCGCUCAGGGACAGUCCGCCUCUGCCUCCACACCCUGACGCCUCCAUGCCUGUUCCCCAGUCCGACCCCGACGCCCACGGGAAGAGAGCGAAAGCCGGCGGCAUGCGAGGGAAGAAGAUGCCAGGGGUUGUCGAGGGUCCCCACAGAUCCGCCUCGGGGAAAAGCAGGACAGGAAUCCAAAGUGGAGUCACCAAAGGGAACGUCUCUUCCACUCGUACGCCUUCCUCCAGCACCCGCUCAGCACCAGCAAAAUCCUCCCCCAGUCCCGGCUCUAAGGCUCCCGCUGUCGGAGAAGCCAGCGUGUACGUGGACCUGGCGUACAUCCCCUCUGGAGCCUCCUCGCCUACCGUCACCGUGGACUUCUUCAGGUGUGUCCGCUCCUCCUGCUACAUCGUCAGCGGCGACAGUCAGGAGAGGGAGGAGCUGAUGAGGCAAACACUGGACGCUCUGCUGGAUGGAAAGGCGUCCUGGUCUGACACCAUACAGGUGACGGUGAUCCCUACCUUUGAGUCCGUGCCGAUGCAGGAGUGGUACCAGCACACCCAGGACAGACAGAAAGAGCUGGGCAUCACUGUGCUGGGAUCCAACAGCACCGUCGCCAUGCAGGACGAGACCUUCCCUGCCUGCAAGAUCGAGUUCUGA